UUGAAAGCCGCAACUCGCAACUGCGAAAGUGCGAAAAUAAUAGAAAUUAUUUGAUACAUUUGUUAAAUAUAUAUAUAUAUAUUAUAUUUUGCAGAAUAAAAUUUAACGAGUGAUAUUUUCACAUAUUGGGUUGUUCAUCUUUUAUGGUGUAAAUCGCAUAAUAUCGUCUGUAAAUUUUGAUAAUGCAUUCAUAGUAUAUUCCUACAGUUUCAUAACAUUUGUAUUUUCUAAAUUGUAAACAUAAUGGAUAAUUCGGUUAUUCAGACAUUAGAAGCAGCUGCUCAAAUGCUUAUGGCACCACCUAAUUUGGUUACAUCUAUGCAAAGACAUCAAGCUGAAAGUGUAUUUCUGGAAUUUAGAAAUUCAAAAAAUCCAUAUCAAUUGUGCCGUGAGAUUUUAGAAAAAUCUUCAUCUGAUUAUGUUUUGUUUGAAGCAGCUGGUUUAUUAAAAACUGCUCUCAUCAGAGAAUGGAAUUUACUAACUGAUAAUGAUAUCUCAUCUCUCCGAGAAUAUUUAGUCAAUUACCUUCUUAGAAAGGAAACACCAUCUUUUCUGAAAGAUAAAUUGCUUCAGACAAUCGCAGUGAUAAUAAAGAGAGGAAGUAUAAAUGAUUCUGGAAGAGACAGAAAAGCUUUGUUAGAUGAAUUAGAGAAAAUUAUUUUAGGCUCUCCUAUUGGUCAACAGAAGUUAGCCUGUGCUAUGAUUCAGGCUAUAAUGCAAGAAUACGCCAUCACAGUAAAAUCUGCUGAUGUUGGUAUAACAUGGGAAGUUCACUAUUGGCUUAAGAAAUCCUUUGAGGCUACAGAUUUAAAGCGGAUAUUUAGAUUUACUGUUAGUGUCUUGGAACAAAUUGUCCGCUCUGGAGUUCGCCCUGAAGGCGAUCAGGCAUUAUUGACGAAACAACUUCUAACUAUAGUUGAAACGAUCCUGUGUUGGUUUCAUGUUUCACCAUUGCUUUCUAAAAGGCUGAUAGGUGAUUUUGAAUCCUUAUAUCAAAGUGAUGGGGCACCAGCCUUACGUUUGAAUCUUCGUUGGAAGGAUACUAUAUUGAAACCAGAAUUGAUAGCUUUGUUCUUUGAGAUCCAUGUGCAUGUACGGAUGGAUCCAGAGUUGGCUAAUCCAUCACUAACCUGUCUCGUGCAAUUGGCUCGUUUAAGUGGCAUUAUAUUAUCAGGGAAUAAUCUGAAAGAGCAAUAUUAUGACAACUAUGUGAAUAAUUUUAUGAGGAUGCUCUCAUUGAUACAACCAUUUGAUAGGGAAAUGCUUGGGAUAUCUGAUAUCUAUUGCAGAUUGGUUCAAUUUUUUACUCCGCCUAUGAUAGCAGCAUCCCCACCGGCAUUUUUGCAAUAUUUAACAACAUACACUUGCCAUUGUAUAAGAGGUUCUAUCAUCGAGGAAGGGAUUAACGACGACACAGUUUGGAGAGAGGCAUUAAAUAAAUUCCUACACACAUGGAGUUCUCUUACCCACGAAACAGAUGGGUUUUCGAACGAGGCCUUUAUGGGACCUUGUAUAGAGAUCUUUAAUACAUAUUUACAAUGCCGAUUAGCUCCGCCUGAUGGAACUAGAGGUACAGAAAGCAGUGACGGUUGUAACGAAGAUAUAAAUGAUGAUAUACACGAAGACGAGAGACAAUUACAUAGUAAUGUGCUGAUGACGAUUGGGGCGAUAGCUAGGAAGGCGCCUGCGCAUUGUUGCCAUGUUUUGUUUACACUGUUAACUGAAAGAAGUAAGAGACUCGAAUCACAGUUGCAAUUAAUGCACAUGGGCAAAUUGUCUGUGGGCGGAGGGGAGCAACUCAUCACCCUGUUUGAGGAUCUGCAUUGGAUAUUAAUGAUUACAGGUCACUUCAUAGCAGUGGAUUGUGUGGAGGGCGAAACAGUUAUGAUACCAACAGAGAUAGUGCAAUACAGUAUGUCUGAGAACGCGAAUGUCGAUGCCUCACUUCGCUACUUGGUCGGCGAAAGCUCCAGUACUGACAAUGUCGAUCCUAUACUUAAAAUAAUGGGUGAGAUACUCCGUAUAAGUAUGUACGAAUACGCGGCCUUAGAAGCUGGGCUAGGGUCCGUCUUCAGCCCUGAAUUAUCUGCCACAAUUUCAUGGUUGCUCAAGAUAUGGGCCAAUUCAUACUUGAUGCAACAGUCUUCGCAAUAUUCUGAGGUGCUAGAAAGCGCUUUUGGGACUGGUUCUCAAGGUUCUGUGUGGUCAAUAAGUAGAAUAACGCGACGAGCAGCGGCCGUUCUACGACAUCUCUCAUCUCAGCCUGUUGCUGCAACACACGCUACACAAUUACUGGCCACUCUUGCGCACAAUCAUCGCAAGGAAAGUCCUUUAGCCAGUUGCGAGGAGUUCCUGUCGUUAGUGGCGUGGGAGGCCGCGGGUAACAAUCUUCCCGGUCACGUUAGGCGGGAGCUACAUAGAGCCUUCGCCAUUGCUGCUACAUAUUCUGAAGGUGAAGCUCGUUCCCGCCUUUUGACAAGUACCGUGGCUCUGACUGAGAAAUUACAAAAUAUACUAAAUAUGGACUCUGAUACUGAACCGGUUCGGAAUAUGCUCGCUGAUACGCUUGAUUGCUUUAUUGGGGUUACCGAGGGAGUCCACGAAGUAGGAUCUGUGGAUGAGCAGUUUAUGAUGCUGCUCGGUGCUUUAGAUAAGGUCCCUGCAAUAGUGUUCAAGUACCACAAUUACCCGGGCGUGGUGUUGCCAGCUAUAAACCUCCUCGCUAGGAGCGCAAAGAGAAUGCUGCAUUCCGUACAAAAACAGAAUGUUAACAGGUUCUUAGAAGUAUGCAACACGACAUUUGAAGUAUAUAUGAGCUGGAAUUCUGGCAAAAUCACCAGCAUCCCUCAAGACGCUGAAGAAGAGGCUUAUGAGGACAUAUGCGCGAUAAUGGAAGUAGUUGGGGCAAUAGCCCGUAGUGGUGAAGGAAAUGUAGGGCCAACUUGCGCAAGGGGUUUACGGUUAUUAUUACCUCUGGUCACACCGCCACUCUUGUCCUUACCGACGUUGGCCUUACACGCGUACCGGAUGAUACGCGAUUUGGAGAAUCACGAUCAGCUCACCAAUCUUCCGGUGGAAGAUUUCGCGAUGGUAGUGUCCGCUCUAAGGGUGGGUCUGACCGCUGUAUCGUGCGAUGUGUCGACACUUUGCUGCGACACCAUCACUGGUAUCGCCAACAAAGUCCGCACACUUGGCUCCGACAACCCCUACGCUAUGUCUCUCCUUUCGUUGGCGGAGCUUCUGCUAAUGUUGAUAAUAAAGAUGGAAAUUCCACCAGAUUCCAUUCCAGCGGCCGGGGCAGCCAUUUAUGCCUUGACGUGUGUGAAACCGGCUCUGCUGGAAGGUUUAGCUCGGCAGCUAAUCGAUGCCUUCGCGGCCAACGACCCCGCAAAUGUUCCGCGGUUAGAAGAGGCCUUCACGGUUUUGACGAAUGGAGUUCUGUUUGACGGUUUACGAACCCAUAAAAUUCGGUUUCAGGACAAUUUUGAUAAGUUCCUAACUAGUGUACGCGGUUUUCUUAUUGUUAAAUAGUUUGUCAAUUUUAUAUACAGAGUGUGUUUCGAUUCAAAAAAUGGUUUUGACAACGGUUGACAGUUAUAAGUGGAAAUUAGUCAACAAUAUUGUCUCGCUUAUUCGUUUUGGAUAGUAUUUAGGUUAGUUAGUUUAUAGGUGAAAGCUUUUGCAGUAUUUAUUGUACUUAUAAAAGUGAUUUAGCGGUUGAAUUGAAUCAGUCUUUGAGUAGUGUUUAGUAAAACAACGUUCUUAAUGUUUUAUCAAAACACAAUUUGUGAAAGAGAAGUUGAAUAUAUUGAGACUGAUUUACUUUAUUUGAACAAGAAGAUUAAAAAGUUCGGUCUUUGUGCAUAGAUAAAAUAUAACUUUUAACUUUAUAGUUGAUUGACAGCUGACAUAUGUAAGUGUGACGUUUAGUCCUUCCUAAGGGCUGUGUUUUAGUAUAGUCUACAGAUUAUGAAUUGUGAAUUUCACGUCGUAAUGUUAGAUUAAGGCUUUAGCUAUUAUUACUUGAGAAUUUUCCUCCUCUUUAAAUACGCAAAACAUUACUACUUUUAUCUUAAAAAAGGUUUUAUUCGAGACGGUUAAGUUGGCAAAGAGUAAGAAAUUUCGUACCAACGGGUAUAGUUUCUUUUUUGUUGGCCUAAACAGGGUUUCCGAGGAAAUCUGUAUGUCUAAUUAAUCAACGAAUUAAGGAAAGUGGGUAUAAAGGUUGUGAGUAGUGGGAUAUACAAAUCUAGAAUGGCUUAGGGCGGAUAGAUAACGGCUAGAUCUUUAGUAGUCAAUUCUAGUACUUAAUUAUUGACUUUUCUACGUUUAGAGUGUUUAACGUAUUGUGGAUAAUUUAUAUUAAAACUAUUUCACUUAUAUUAGGUAUGACUUGUCGUAAAAAAAAGAUGAUAUUUUUAAAUUACGAUUUAGGGUUGGAAAAGGUGCCCUAUAUUACGAAACACAAUAUUGCUUUUUUAAACUAAAAUCACAUGAAUCGAACAUAAUAUUUACGUCUGUCUUGCUUAUGAUUAAGAAUGUCAGUUAAAUAAAUUGCUAGAUAAUUAAUAACAAAGUAAUUAAGUUCCUUUUAAUAUAUAUUGAUUUUUAUACAGCAUAUCGGUUUUAGAUUUAGUAAUGUGUUAACUAGAAAAAAUAAUUUUAUUAGAUGUCUAGCUAUUAAUUAUUUGAAAUUUAAAUAGAUAAUUGCAAAACCAUUUUGUGGGAUAAUUUUUACUAUUUUAUUAUAGUUAUGUUAUUUUAUAAAUAUAGAUAGAAUACAAGUAACAAUAGUAUAGAGAGUUUACAAAAUCUUUUGAAGAUAAAACAAUGUUGCCAUAGAAUAAAAAUAUUACUUUUAAACAAAAUAUGUGUGCGAUUUUUUAUUGUGAAGAAUUUCUACUUGAGGUGUUAGACAAAGAUACUUUGCGCUAAGCAAACAACACUGCAAGCGUCGAAAUAUUUUUUUUUUUAUGUUGAACGAAGUUGUUUACGUAUAGCAUUGUUAUUGAAUUACUAAUGUAAUAAAAGUAAGGCACAUUGUAAGUUUAUUCAUGAUUUUAAAGUAGAUAAGAUUUUAUUGUAUGCUCUGAGAGCAUAGUUAAUUCACUAAUUAACCAUUUUCUAGAUUCAAUGUGAUAGUUUGGGAUGCUUUAUAUAUUAAUUGUCUCAGCUGAUGUCAUUACGAAACAUUUUGAGUAACCUAACCUAACAUAUAUGGUAAUAUCCCUUAAGUGUAUUUGCCUUAAUGAAUUCCUAUUAAGAAGAUUUUAUAUGAAAUACAAUUUUUGGUUAAGACUUAUUUUAUAUCGUUUAUUUCUUUAUAAGUUUAAGCU